AUUUCCCUCCUGCGCCACCGUCUCCUUCUUCGAAAUUAGGGUUUCUUUAUUUUUCUGCCCCUUCUUCAAAAACUUCAGCCUCUCUCUCUCUCUCUCUCUCUCUCUCUCUCUCUCUGUGGUUUUAAAGUUUCCCAAAUUAGAUACUAAGAAUGGGAAAAAAGAAACCCAAGGACCUUGGAGCGACCCCAAACAACGACGCAUUUUCAGCACAAUCAGAUAUUUUCAAAACUCUAUUCGGCGACGUGAAUGAAAAAAGCGCCGCCUUUUCUAUCUUCUCCGACGACAAUCCGUUUAGAAGAAAACCACCCCAAGAGCGAAAUGAAGAUGGCGGUUCUGACAAACCUGAUAUUAUUGAGGAGCCCCAGAAAAGGAAGAGAAGCAACGAGAACGAACCCGGUCGAAGUUCGGAUUCGGACGGUGGUGAAGGUUUUGAAUCUCCAUCGGAGGCUAAGAGAUCGAAGAAAGAGAAAUUGCAGAACCCUAAGAAAUUAGGAGGUAAAAAUCCCAACUUUGGUUCUGAAUCGAAUGGUUUAGGUGGAGAUGAUGAGGUUGUGACAAGGAAAGUGAAAGAGAAGAAGAAGAGGAAGAGGGAUGAGCUGGAGGUGGAAUACGAGGCAAGGAAGAAUGACAACUUAGAGGAUAGGGAGGAUGGAGAAAAGGGUUUUGGUGGAGAAGUUGUUGGGAACAAGAGAAAGGCUGUGGAUAAUCCGGCUGAUAUGUUGGUUUCGAAGGAAGGUUUCGACGACGAAAGUAAGCUUUUGAGGACUGUGUUUGUCGGCAAUUUGCCAUUGAAGAUCAAGAAGAAGGCAUUGAUGAAGGAAUUUAGUAAAUUUGGGGAGGUUGAGUCUGUGAGGAUUCGUUCCGUGCCAAUCUUGGAUACCAAAAAACCAAGAAAGGGAGCAGUACUUGCAAAGAAACUUAAUGAUGCUGCUGACAGUGUUCAUGCAUACAUUGUUUUCAAAACAGAGCAAUGUGCACAGGCUUCGUUGUCGCAUAACUUGGCUGUGGUUGAAGGACAUCACAUCCGUGUUGAUCGGGCAUGCCCACCCCGCAAGAAGCUUAAAGGGGAUAACACUACCCUUUAUGAUGAUAAGAGAACUGUUUUUGUGGGAAACCUUCCAUUUGAUGCAAAGGAUGAAGAAGUUUAUCAAUUGUUUUCUGGUAUCAAAGAUUUGGAAUCCAGCAUCGAGGCCUUCCGUGUCAUCAGAGAUCCUAAUAGUAAUGUGGGAAAGGGCUUUGCCUAUAUUUUGUUUAAAACGAGGGAAGCUGCUAAUUUGGUCGUCAAGAAACGAAACUUGAAGCUUCGAGAUAGGGAGCUGAGGCUUUAUCAUUCCAAACAGAAUUCUACUCCAUCUAAGAGAAGGAAUCCAUCAUCACCUGCAGGGAAAGCUGAUUCCGCUGCCUUGAAAAGGCUAGCAGUGGAUUCAAGAACUCCAGGUGGUAAGAAGGCAGAAAAAUCAAGUGCUGCUAUGUCAUAUCAGGGUAUGCGUGCUAGCAAAUCUGGUGUCCAAAAGAAAGUUGCAAAAUCAAGUGGGGCAGAAAAGUUUAAAUCAAAUAUUCGGAAAGGAGAGAAAGAACGUAAAGACAAAAGACCGGCUGUUGCUGCCAGAAAGGCCAAGGCAAAAGCAAUGAGUGAUGGUGGUGUUUCAAAACAAGCAGGGGUGAAACGCAAACUGGAUAGUCGGACUCCAGAGAGUUCUCACAGGAAUAAGAAAGUGAAAAAAUUUAGGUAGGAUCAUCCAAACUGCUGCUUUGCUUUGUCCAUGAAUGGUUCAAAAGGGCUGUACUGCCAUGGUUGCAUAAAUUACAAUGUAGUUUGGCCUUUUCAUGGUUCCUUGUAUGAUUGUGUUCCCUUUAUGAUUAUACUAACUAUUGAUUUUAUAGUUUCACAUUGCUCAUAACAGAAAAUGGAAAUUUACGAUUAUUCAA